AUGUCAAAGGAGAGCUAUGAUGAGCGUAUAGCUGCGCUCAAAGCUCGCAUAGAACAGGCACGCGCUGAGCGUGACAGCGUCCGAGCCAAAGCGGCUGCCGCUGAAGAAACUGCGAGACAGGAACGCGAGGCGGCGUCCCAAGAGCGACAUGAGAGACUCACUGCACAGAUGCGCGGCAUCUCGGACGAGUUUUCAAAACAGUCAGAUCAUAUACAACAAGAAAGAGCGGACAUAGAGAGAAGAAGUGCGCAGGAGGCAACACACCGCGAGAGCAGGGCCAAUCGUCUCACAGAAGUGACGAACACGCUGUCUGCGCUGAAACAGAGCAUGCAAGAGGACAGAGAACGCAGGAAGCAGCACGACGCCCGUAUCCAGACUGGCAUACAAUCGGUCAAGCGAGAGGUCCUAACCAACGCAACAAAGCAACGAGACGCCUUGGCUUCUACUCGCACAGAGCUGUACGAUGAUCUGGACCGCAAGCAUGACGAGAUCAAGGGAAUGCUAGGCGCUGUGGCGUCCGUGCGAGAGAGCGCGUCUUUCAACGAUGGAACUGACCCCACAGUCGACGAAGUCAUGAAUAUAUAG